AUUCUAAGCACUUGGGAUUAUGGUUUAGGAAAAUAUCGCAUUCUAAACGGUUCAGUCGUCUGUAAACUAAUGUCGGAUAAACACAUUGACGCUUCGAUCAUUGUAAUUUAGAUUUUCUUCGGCAAAAAGUAAUCGUAACCAUAAGUGGCAUGUUGAGAAUGUAUUAAAAUAGUGAAUCUGUGUUAUGUAUCUAUGAACAUACAACUGAGAAAUAUGACAAAGUUUAAUAAUAAAAUCGAUUGUACGCCCAAUGUAACCGAAAGUUUUAAAAGUGAAUACAAUUGCCGAUCAGACGUUAAAUCCAUACAAAAUGAUGUGUCAAAUAUUUCCAUUUCAAAUAAUAACAGUCUGUAUCAGCGCUAUGACAGUGUCAGUGAUAGUGCAGCCGAAAUUAAAUAUUUCUCCGAUACACGGUCACCACAUUCAAAUAUGACGGAUUAUGAUGAUAAUAGUCUCAGCUCGGAGGAGCAUGUUUUGACGCCAUUGGCCUGUGUGUCGGGACAAUCUAGGCCUUGCUUAACAUGGGCCUGUAAGGCAUGCAAGAAAAAAAGUGUGGCAGUUGAUCGACGGAAGGCAGCCACAUUGAGAGAAAGAAGACGUCUUAGAAAAGUUAAUGAAGCAUUUGAGGUGUUGAAGCGCCGAACAAGUACAAAUCCCAACCAAAGAUUACCGAAAGUAGAAAUAUUAAGAAAUGCUAUAGAAUACAUAGAAAAUCUUGAAGACUUAUUGCACGAUUCACCCGUCACUAGAGAUCCUUCGGAUGUGAUUACUGAUAUAAGUCCGAGAUCUACACCUCCAGAAUAUGUGAAUUGUUGGCCUAGAAAUUUCUUCAAAGAAAGGUUUCAUCAAAUGUCAAAAGACGGCGAUAAAAAUCUACCAUUAUCAGGUUAUCAAUCAUCUCCAACCAAUGGUUCUAGUUUGGAGUGUCUUAAUCUUAUUGUUCAAAGUAUAAAUUCAACACAACAUCAUGUACAACCAGCAGUUCCCGCAGUUCCAAGUCGUUCAAAAAUUUAAUGUUUUUUUUUCUAAAUUUAAGUUUUUAUUGUAAAGUAGGUAAAUUAUUUGCUUGGCUCAAAAUUAAUAGAAAUAAUGAGAAAGUUAAUUUUCAAUUUUUUGGUACAGUCGAAGAAAAAUAAGAAACUGGCAAUACAAUCCAAUCAAAUGCUAUUUAUCCCACAGCAUUACCAAUGUUACGAUAUUUACGUAUGUAUAUGUAUUAUAACUUGUAAAUCACAUGUGGAUUAAAUAAUAUCGUUUGGAUUGUAUUCGUUGAAAAAACCGAAAUCUAUUUUUCUUCUACUGUACUUUUUUCCUUUCAAAUGCAAUUUGUGUAGAAUUUGAGGAGAAAAAACAGUAGUGACCAAUUCUCUCUAUUCGUUUUGAGGCAAGUGUAUUUGAAAAAACAUUUUGCUUCAAUAGAUUUUGAACUUCAUAGAUAUAAUGUCAGUGUUAGUUGCUGUAGUUACAUUAAUAUCUUAAACAAAUUGCUGUAGAAUGUGUCGAUUCAACACUAAAAUAGUUAUUUAACUUACUUGUAACUAGAAGUUGCAUUUCGAAUGUGAAUUUUGGCUCCAGACGAUGGUGGAAGCUGCAAUUUUCACUUCUAUCAGGAGCCGGUCAUAAAUUAUGCAAGUGAUCUAAGAUUUUAGCGUUACAUAAUUUAUGAACUUAUGAAUUUCAUAACCGAAUUAGUGGUUGUGUGAAACACACGUAACAAUUUCCCAAACAUAUACCAACUUUUGAGCGUCAGAUCUUAAACACAUCUUCUGUGCAACACAACAGAAACGAAGUUGAUAUGACUUCUCAUUUACACCCUUCAAAUGAAUUACAAUAAUUUUCGUGCCGAAGAUGUCGAAAUAGCUAUUUAUGACAUCUAGUGCGAAGCACUUUAUUAGGCUCUAGAUGUGUAGAUGUGAGGCUGCCGGCCGUUUGUCAUCGUGAGCCUAGUAAAGUACUCUGCAACGAGAUUCGUAUACAACGUUUUAUGCCACAGAGGCAUCUAACGUUUCUAAAUUUUACAUAAUGCUGAUUGGCAUAAACACCAUUUCCUGCUUUUUAGAGGGUAGGUUAUGCACUCGUGUGUGAGUUCCAUAUGUUUUUCCAGAAAAUAGAAUCAAAUGUUUUACUUUUCGUCACUGAGUUGUAAAAAAUCUUUUUCGAAGCUGUUCGAGUACCGAAAACAUUUCGUACGGAAGUACUUUUUCACACUAGAGCGAAAAAAGUUUUUGCGUAGUUUUAUAUCUUGUGUUGAAAUAUCAGAACUUCGCCGUUCAUUUCCGGUACAUCAUAAGCUAGGCGUUGUUCCUAACUUAUGCAAAAAAUGUUAUACUUUUUUACUAAAACAACUCGCUUCAAGCAAAAGUGGUACUCUAUGUCAUUAAUAGCACUUUUGCUUGAAGUGCGUUGACUAAAGUAAUAUUUUGGCACUGGUGAUUGUGUCGAAAGUCGGCGGUUCGUAUUAGUAAUCUCAUCUCCAGUGCAUAAAACAACACCAUGCCUCAAAAUUAACUAUUACUAUUUCAUUGAUCUAUGGUAAACAUCGGUUCCCUUAGCUCCUUAGAGUAUAACUACAAUAGCUCGUACUGUUGUAAAGAUUUCGUAAAAUUCUUCGACCGCAUCUAGACUUUGAAUAUGAUUGACUAUCCUUUCAAAUGUAAGAAUUUCUGCCUUCUGAUAACACUUUUAGGUGAUAAAAAAAUUAAAAGAACCGACCUUUGCAUUGCAAUUUGUUUAUGAGCGAACGUAACACGGUGAUGACGACUGGAAAUUCUACGAAAAAUUUAGUUUAAUUGAAAAUGUAAAUAAAUUGCAAUCAUCUAGCCGAUAAACAAAAUAUUGUAACAAUUUAA